GGGUGUUUUUCUCCGUCUUCACGCUCACUGCUUUCCAGUUGCGGACAGUCUGUCUGUUCGACUACACCGCCGUGUUUUUCUUACUCGAGUCUGUCCCGCUUUUGGUUGAAAGCUGCAGACCUGUUUGUUUUUUCUUCUUCUUCUUUGGAUCGUGUCAACACUCUGAGUUCACCUAUCGGCUAGGCUAGGCCAGGCUAGGCCUGAAUCCAGCUCGGAACACACUUAUGGACUUUGAAAAACAAGUCUAACAGUCUCAAGAAUCGUGUGUGAAUGGAGCAGUGUGCGAGUACAGCCUCCCUGCUGGCCUCGGUGCAGGAGCAGGAGAGGCAGUUUGAGAUGCUGAGCCGAGCUCUGGAGGAGGAGCGGAUGUCAUGUGCCGGUACCCUGUCCCGCCCCCUCCCCACUAUGCAGAACGGACGCGUUCCUUGUGAUGCAGCCAUAGAGAGGCUCGCGCUGAACGAGUGUUACAUCAACGGGACACAUCACUUCAGGAUGGAGUCUGGUCAGAUGGUACAGGAGACCUUCACGAUGGAGGAAGACCCCCAAGAGUCUCUGUCUGUUAUCUCAUUGGAGACCAGUGAUGAUGGAACCACACGACACAAUGAAACCAUGGGAAAGAAAGCAGUAAAGCCCACCAUCACCCGAACAGUCAUCGCCUCUCUGUCAGAUUUGGAUGGUGGAGGUUCAGUAACGGGGAUGGGGGGAUACACUCCAGACAGGGUCUAUAUACCAGGCCCUGCACGAGGUGUACCCAUGGACUACCCCACACACACCGUGCCUCGUAAUUACCACUAUGGACCACCAACAGGUUACGAUGAUGGUUACCGUGGUGGUCCCCCACCUGAUGCCUAUGCAAGCCUCAACAGAAGUGUUCCAAUGGAUGCUCGUUCCAGACCUAUCCAUCCAGAAGGCUACAGAACUCUGGAUCCAAAUUACAGAGCUAACAGCAGGAACCAGCUUGACCCUUAUGCAGCUCAGCCACAGGUCGGCCGUAUGGGAGGUGGUAUGGAAAUAUCAUCCAUCCCAAGGUUUGUCCCAGAGCCAUAUGGUCUGGAGGAUGAUCAGCGCAGUAUGGGGUUUGAUGAGCCUGACUAUGGGAUGGGACAUCCCAUGCACUAUAGCACUGUGCCCCGCAGUCUGCAGGCGUUCCCCCAUGGGCCCCCACGGAGGACUGCGAGUUAUGAGGGCAUCUUGGCUGGUGACAUGGGUGGACCAGGGGACAUAUACUAUUGGGGAGGAGCACCUCUGGCUCAGGGUGAAAGAGGCAGCAUGGCUUCGUUGGACAGCACUCUAAGGAAAGGUCCUGGUCCUGGAGGUUGGCGUCAGCCAGAGCUGCCAGAGGUCGUUGCCAUGCUCAACUACAGGCUGGACUCAGUGAAGAGCAAUGCAGCUGCAUAUCUUCAACAUCUCACUUAUAAGAAUGACAAAGUGAAGUCUGACGUGCGUCGCAUGAAAGGGAUCCCAGCGCUGGUCUCUAUGCUGGACAACCCCAACAAAGAGGUUCACUAUGCAGCCUGUGGAGCACUGAAGAAUAUCUCUUACGGUAAAGACCCAGACAACAAGAUCGCCAUCAAGAACUGUGACGGAGUACCUGCACUGAUUCGGCUGCUAAGGAAGACACAUGACCAGGACCUCACUGACACCAUCACAGGGACACUGUGGAACCUGUCAUCUCAUGAUUCUGUGAAAAUGGAGAUUGUGGACCAUGCGCUGCAUGCCCUCUCUGACGAGGUGAUGGUGCCCCAUUCGGGCUGGGAGCGAGGGAGCAAUGGAGGAGGAGGAGGUGAAGAAAACUGCAAGCCCAGGCAUCUUGAGUGGGAGACGGUGCUAACCAACACGGCAGGCUGCCUGAGAAAUGUGAGUUCUGAGCGAAAAGAGGCGCGGAGGAAGCUGCGGGAGUGCACAGGAUUGGUCGAUUCUCUAAUGUACAUUGUCCAAUCCCAAAUUGACUGUAAAGAUGUUGACAAUAAGUUGAUAGAGAACAGUGUGUGUCUGCUGAGGAACUUGUCCUAUCACGUGCACCAGGAAAUCCCUGGCUGUGAACGCUACCAGGAGGCCACACCCAUCAACCAGGGCCCCGCCCCCUCCAGCACGAAAGGCGGCUGUUUUAGCUCCCGCAAGGGCAAAGAUGAGUGGUUUUCCAAAGGUAAGAAAGAUGAAGAUGUAGCUGCGGAUGUAGUAGACAUUCCAAAGAGAGCCACACCUGCUAAAGGAUAUGAGUUGUUGUACCAGCCAGAGGUGGUCCGUAUCUACACCUCUCUGCUGAAAGAGUCCAAGAAUCCCACUGUGCUGGAGGCUUCGGCUGGAGCUGUUCAGAACCUGUGUGCUGGACGCUGGACUUACGGCCGCUACAUCCGUGCCGUGCUGCGCAAGGAGCAGGGUCUACCCAUGAUGACUGAGCUACUGGCCCAUGGCAAUGACCGUGUGGUCCGAGCGAUGUCUGGAGCCCUCCGCAACCUGGCCAUCGAUGCUCGAAACAGGGAUCUGCUAGGUAUACAUGCAGUGCCUCACCUGGUGGCAAACCUGCCGGGUGGAGGUCAGAGUCAGCCGGCACGAGUGCUGUCAGAAGAGACGGUGGUGUCAGUCCUGAGCACUCUCCAUGAGGUGCUUGGCUCCAGUCUGGAAGCAGCCAAGACCCUUCGAGCUUCACAGGGGAUUGAGAGACUUGUGCUCAUAAAUAAGGAUGGUAAUCGUUCUGAGCGGGAGGUGCGCGGCGCUGGCCUGGUCCUACAGACUGUGUGGGGCUAUAAGGAACUGCGGCGCACCUUGGAGAAGGAUGGCUGGAAGAAAACUGAUUUCAUGGUCAACUUAAACCCUCCCAGCAACACUAACAGGACCAAUGGAGGUUAUGAGGACAGCACCCUGCCGCUCAUAGACAAAGGCGCCAAAGAGGAUCGGGAACUGAUUCCCAUGAAUGAGAUGGGACCAGAUUCCUACUCCACACUGGAUCAAACUGGGAGAAGGAACACUCUGGAUAACACACUCGAACCUACUGACAAAGAUCCAGUACAGGGAGGCAUGUACGGGGAGAGGCAGGCCUCUGUGCCUCUAAUGGAUUCUUACGAUGGUUAGGCCACACCCACUGUCACUGCAUGCCCGCGCAUGAAAAACUGAUUGUUUGCAUCACAAGACGACAGCCUCCUCCCACCUCGUGUCCUUGCUGAAGCGGCGCCGCCCUCUGAGGGACUGACCGCCGCUCGCUACCGCUGCGACUCGACUCCACCUUUUCCCGCGCUCAUCUGUGCCGUUUCAGUCUCUCUCUUCUCUUUCUCUCCUUACAAUCCCUCAACACUUCCCGACAUGAUGCCAACGAGAGCGUGUGGAAAACCCACGCGGCUCUUCGCUUCCUGUGGACAACUGGAUGUGACUCUGUGACCCACCCCCCCACAACAACACCGCAAGCUCUUGCACUACACAAUGCUCGCCAUCGCUCAGUCAGUGUGGACGCAGCCGUCGCUCGGACAACACUAAUGAUCCAUUCAGCAUCAAGGGUGUGGCUUCAGCUGCAGAUUCUAACAGAUCUGUGCCGAGAAUUCCCAUCUGAUUGAAGGGAUGAGUUGGGAUCUAAACAGGAAUUUUUGGGGGGAGAUAUUUUGUUGCUAUUUACACUGUUUUGAGGGGAAAAAAGAGGAAUAUCUCACUGAUGUUAAAAAACAAACAAACUUUGUACCACUAAGCGCCAAUGUUUUUUGAACUGUGUCCAGUUUGUGUUUCCGGUGGCUGGUGUUCCUCUUCUCGCUUCACCCUGUACAACAGUAAUGUGCCAAAUAACACUAACGCUCCAAAAGCCUUUGUUUCUGUGUACAGUCCUGCUCAAGCAUUCAUGACAGUCCAGCGCUAAGAUGCAUGCUCGUGCUGCAUUUUCUGUGUCCAAUUGUAACCCGUAUACAGUUUAAAAAAGUUAUCCACUACAGUUCUCUGAGAGAAAAAGCCGGGAAGGUCUGAUGACGUCUGCAUCGUGUUUGUGGUAAAGAUCUGAUCCUAAGCUUGGUGAUCGUUGAGAGAGACUAUGAUUGAAUUUCAUUUUUUCUGCAGGUCCGUAAAGGGGGGGGAUUAUUAACUGGAGUGCCUCUCUGAAAACGACACAGGUGAUAAUUUGGUUUGAGUUCCUUCUUCACGAUUCCACCCGGUUCAAACACUCUGCAGAGAAAAAAAAAAAACCACUAACAGCCACAGAUGUGAACUGACCAAAUUUGAUCUGCUCCCUAAAUAAAAUCAGCACCCAACACGAGCCUGAAGUGACUGAUUCCACUCAAUGAUGAAUUUCAAAUUUCUGAUUAUAAUUCACCCCAAAUCAACUUUUAAAUAUCUAAAUAUAUAUAUAUAUAUUUCUUUGGUUUAAAAUAAGUGCUGUGUGGAAGACGUGCAUUUUCUUCGUGCGGCGUGAGAUGUAGAUACUUACUGAGUGGAUAAUUAAAAGAAGCAUUAGAGGGUAAAAUGCAUCUCUUCCCUUUUGUUAAACUUUUUCUUUUUUCCGUUUGGUUUGAAACACGACAGGAAGUCUGAUUGUCAAUUUAACAAGUUGCCUUCAAGCGUGGACUGAGUCAGUCAGGAGGCCUCGACCUGAAUUUGCUCAUAAAGUGGAGGAAGGGGAGAAAAAAAAAAAGCACAUUUAAAGUAUAUGUACCAGAGAAUAUUUGUUAAAUUUAAUGGUUUGAUGUAUCUCUCUUUUUUUAUAUAUAUAUAUGAUUUGGGUGUAAUUGUUUUGGGGUGCUUGGGGUUAAAGUAUAUGCAAUCAUUUUGUUUGUUGGAUCGAAAACAUUAACUUUAUAUCAUAAUUAAAUGCAAAACAAGUUACCUAAAAAUAUAUACUCUAUAGGUCAUUAGAUACUGGGUUUCUCAUGGAAAUUCUGAUUCUGGACUACACCUUAAUUUCAAUGCCUUGGCUCUUAAAGUUGCACAUCAUUUGAAUGAAUUAUGUAACUAGCAAUAUUGUUUUUAAUAAAAACUGAUUUUUUU